AUGUAUCAUGCCAUUAAAGAAUGGGGUGGAACUCCUUUUGGCUUUAUUGAUGAUGUGACUAUUACCGUUGAAGAUGAGAAAGUGCAACUUACUUUACCUAAUGGAGAACUUCGUGAACCCCAGAAGGAAGUUAAAUUGCUUGGAAUUACUUUGAACAAUCUGCUUGAUUUUAAAUCUCAUAUUUUGAAUAAAAUCAAUAAAGCAAGAAAAGCUGUUGGUGCUAUUUGGCAUCUUGGUGGCGUGCAAAAGACGAUUGGAAUUUUGAAGAAACAAGCAAUGGAAGAAUGGCAAGAAAUGUAUUGGAAUAGUAAUAAGGAUCUGUGGUAUCAUAAUAUCACAGUGGAGUCGAAAUGUACUGAUAAUCUUUCCAAAAUGGUUACGGGAGUGAUCAUGAAGAAAGAUAGUCGAAGGAUCUUGAGUAAUAUUACUCAAUUUCACACAGGCCAUGGCAACUUUGGCGCAUGGUUUAAAAAGUUUGGAAUUGAAAAGGAUAGUUACAACUGCAAAUGUGGAGAGCUGGAAACAGUUCAUCACAUUUUAGUUGAGUGUCCUUUGCUUGAAGAGGAAAGAAAAGGACUGAAACGGAUAUCUCCAGAGAUGGACAUGUCGACUCUCUUAAACAGUUUAACUGGCUUACAAGAGAUUGUAAGCUUUAUCUCUGCUUGGAGGGAUUAA